AGCUGAGAGUCUUACGAAAUUUCCUCAUUUUUAAAACUAAAAUUAUUUCGUAAACAUGACCUAUGUUUUUGUUUUGUUGAUGUGUUUGUUUGCGAGUGUCGCAAGUGCACAAAAGGACUCUCUUCGCGUCCCUCCAAACAUAGUUCAAUCAGCAUUAAAUUGUAUGGCUGAGACCGGCGUGAAUCCUGAUGUUCUUCCCCGACUGGGAAACCCGGCUAUAUACGCCAGGAAUGACGACAAAAGGUUGCAAAAAUUCAUCAAUUGUACUUUCAACAAAUUGGGGUAUGCGAAGAAGAACGGCCGCGUGAGAGUUGAAAAAGUUGCAGAGUUGCUUCCUAGAGAUAUUGAUAACGAAACAAGAUUAGCGCUGAAGAAGGUGGUUGGAGAAUGCAAUAAAGAAACUGGUGCUGACGCAGCAGAAACGACAUUCAAAAUAUUUGGUUGCUUUAUCAGGACCUCGCCAAUGAAGUUGUCGUUAGCUUAAUUUGGUUUAAUUCUGACUUGUUAGUCUAGAUAUAACUGGAAAGCAUUUAUUACUAUAUAUCCUACAAUCAAAAACAAUCCAAGCUUAUAUUUUAAAAUUCCCAAGUGAAUUUGUUCGUAGGUACAUUGUGUGCCAGUCCCGUUUUUACGUUUGAUUUAUAAAUCUUGCUGAAAUAAUUUACGAAUAUUUUAACUUGUAAAUUCUAGGUGGAAAAGUAUAUUAUUUAUUUCAGACAAAUACUUCUUCCAUAUGAUUGAUAAUAGUUACGUAAGAGUAUAAGCUGAAGUAAGUGCAUAAUAAAUAAGUUUGUCGUCCCACAAAUAAAAAUUAUGACAUUUUCACUUAAUGGUUUAAUU